AUGUCCAUGCUAAUUUUAAGAAGCGAGUCGAUUUUUCACAGAUGUAGAGAAGAGGAAGUUGGAUGCGAAAUGUAUUAUCCGGCCAGACAAUCUGGGAGUUUGACUAAAGAUGCUCAAGUAGUUCGUCUUCUAUUUGCUCUUGUUUCUUUAGUUAUUGCUAACUAUACCAUAUUCAAGUGCUCUGGAUCCAGAAAUAGCGGGAACGAAACUCUAAUUAAAAAUUCUAAAGAAAAAUCUGAAUCUAUUCGAAUUCUCUCUGCGGUUUCUUGGCUUCUCGUCGCCACCGUUAUGCUUCAUUUCGUUUUCACUUCAUUGGCUAAUGACACUAAUCGAGCUAAUUUCACUGCACAACUACUCCUUAUUGCUUCAUUAAUUUGUGCGAUGAUUGCGUGGAAAGAAAAGUAUCCAGCAGUAUGUGCUCACUUUGUUCUGAUGCCCGUCUACUUGUUGUUUGGUGAUGGAUUGACUCCGGCUCUGAUUACUUUCAUUGCAUUAUCUGCUAUGAUCUCAAAACUCGUUCCAAAAAAAUCACUGUCAUUUGUGAUUGCCUUACUGAUUCCAUUUGGUUUCUAUCAUCUAGGACAUUCUCCUGUCAUAUCAUCCAUUCCAUGGCAUGCUGCUUUCAUUGGAAUACCCGGCGGAGCAACUCUUCGUAUACUUCCAGCUCUCUUUGUAUUAAUUCAUCUCAACUUCUCAGCGAUCUCAUCAGUUUUUGUGAUUUUUACAAACUCGGAUUCCCGUCAACAAGUAACGAAUGAAAGAGAAACGCUCUGCAGCAACUUCGACUUUCAGACUUCGACAUCGUGGACAUUGAUAGAAACACUAGUAUUGAUGACAAUGCGUGCCACCUUCAGUUGUUUGGCCGCAUCAAUUCAUCGACGUCAUUUGAUGGUGUGGAAAAUAUUCGCUCCAAAGUUUAUAUUCGAAUGCAUUCUUACAAUCUUCUUCGUUAUCUCAGUUAAUAUACUGUCGAUUAUCUCUGGAAGGGAGGUUUACGGUAGCAAAGAAAAUGAGAGAAGAGAAAAAAUUCAAUAA